AAUCUGCUGUCUAGUUACAUAGUCCUCAUAUCCAUGGCAACAUUCUAUUUUAGAACGUUAGACUAAAUUGUAGCGAAAUUGUAGAAACUUUCGAUUAUAUAUUGAGGGGGUAGAUGGCUUAUACCGAAUUCACAUUUAAACCUUAGGAUCAGAUGUUGUAAGCAGGACAAAUGGGCCUGUUUGAUAAACUGUCGGGAUGGCUGGGUCUGAAGAAGAAAGAAGUGAACGUGUUGUGUUUGGGACUGGACAACAGCGGGAAAACCACCAUCAUCAACCAACUCAAGCCCAGUAAUCUAAGGUUUUAUGGCCCACUCUCAGACGACUGGAAACAUGUUAGUCAGGUGAAGACCCAGACACAAGACAUUGUCCCAACUAUUGGCUUCAAUAUAGAACAAUUCAAGAGUUCAAGUUUGUCUUUCACAGUGUUUGACAUGUCUGGUCAGAGCAGAUAUAGAAGCCUAUGGGAACAUUAUUACAAAGAGAGUCACGCGAUCAUAUUUGUCAUCGAUAGUGGAGACAAGUUACGAAUGGUCGUUGCCAAAGAGGAACUUGAUACUCUUCUCAAUCACCAAGACAUCUGCAGUAGGAGGAUGCCUGUGCUGCUCUUUGCUAAUAAGAGUGACCUGAGAGAAGCCAUGUCUUCAGUCAAAGUCUCUCAGCUGCUCUGUCUGGAGAACAUCAAGGACAAACCCUGGCACAUCUGUGCCAGUAAUGCUGUAAAAGGAGAGGGCCUACAGGAGGGGGUGGACUGGCUACAAGGUACAUAACUGCGUGUGUGUGCAUAUCAUAUCAGAAUAAUGAAUGAAAUGAAAUGAAUGAAAGGCUUACGAUGUGAUGGAGAGAAGAGGGACCUCCACAACUACAGCAUGGCUCCUCCAACCGGCUGUGUUAUUGCUUAUCUUCUGUCACUAUUUACAUACAGUAUGUGGUGCGAGGGAAUCAUCUGUUUUUCCUUUCUAUUUGAUACUCUGUCAUGAUGCCUACUGAUGCCUACUGUAUGAGACUGUUGUAAAGUGUUGAUGUUGUUGAACCGUUUGCUGUAGUGAAGAGAGACCACCCUCUGAGAUGGAUUCACCUGGGAUGGAAUGUAGUCUAGGGGUUUUAAGAGCGUUGGACCAGUAACCAAAAUGUCGAUGGUUCGAAUCCCCAAGCCAACGAGGUGAAAAAUCUGUCAAUGUCCCCUUGAGCAAGGUAACCCUAAUUGCUCCUGUAAGUCGCUCUGGAUAAGAGCCUCUGCUAAAUGACUAAAAUGUAAAUGUAUUCAGACUGUUAUUUAGUGUUACAGCACGUGAUGUGUAACUGUGUUGUUUGCUUGUGGAAAGAUAUGAUUAAUGUAUUCUGUUGUUAAACAUUUUACCCUCCAUAUUUCUGAACUGUACUUGAUGCUCGUUUUGUAUGCCAUUAAAUGUGCUGUGAUGUUUUCAGACAUAGUACACCAGUCAGUGCUACAAUAUAUUGCUAUAUAUGUUGGUAUGUUUUAAUGAAAACAAUUAAAGGCGUAGCAUUUG